AUGGUCGGGCGACUUGAAGGAAAGAACGCCAUCAUCACUGGCGCAGCCGGCGGUGUUGGCCUCGAGUCCACCAUCCUCUUCCUUCAACAGGGCGCUUCUGUCCUCAUGACGGAUAUCAACAACGCCGCCCUCGAACGAGCCCUCAACAAAGUCAAAAGCGUUUUACCGAGUCCCGCCGGCAGAGUAGAGAUAAAGGUCGUCGAUGUGUCCAAAGAGGAGCAGGUCGAGGCAGCUGUCACACAUCUGGAUGCCUGGGGCGGCGUGGAUGUCAUGUUCAACAACGCAGGCAUCAUGCACCCCAAGGAUGGCGACUCGGAGGAGUGUCCGGACAUCAUCUGGGACUUGACGUUUGAUAUAAAUGUCAAGGGAGUCUGGUACGGUUCGAAGCAUGCCGUGAGAUCGCUGAGGAAGCAUGGCAAGACCAAGGGCAGCAUCAUCAACACGGCCAGCAUGGUUGCUAUUGUUGGGGCCGCGACCCCUCAGGUUGCUUAUACUGCCAGCAAAGGUGCUGUUCUUGCUUACACUCGUGAGAUGGCUAUCGUUCACGCACGCGAAGGCUUCCGCUUCAACUCACUUUGCCCUGCACCACUCAACACACCCAUGCUUCAAGAGUUCCUCGGCGACGACAAGGCCAAGCGAUUCCGCCGCGAAGUCCACUUCCCCACUGGUCGAUUCGGCGAGGCUAUCGAGCAAGCGCAAGCCGCAGUUUUCCUCGCCAGCGAUGAGAGCAGUUUCGUUAAUGCACAUGACUUUGUUGUUGAUGGCGGUUUGACCAAGGCUUAUGUCACACCAGAGGGCCCUGCCACCCAGGCCCCCAGGAACCAGGGCUAA